GGUAAGAAUUACUUCCGGGCUGAAGAAAGCUAAUUGGAUCACACGUGUUUAUACUAUCCUCUGUGUUGCCAUAAAAGAAUGCCGAAAAGUCAGAAAACAAAAUCGGAGAAAGUUAUACAUCCGUACAGUAGAAAGGCAUUACAAGCAGAAAGGCGAUACAGUCAUGAUAAACGACUUUCAAAAGCCAGAAAGGAACGCUCGUCUAAAUUGGACAUCUUGGCAGAAAAACUAAAAUGGUUCCACGACCAUCUAGAUGACAGAGAGGUGUACACUAAAUCAGAACUUUUUGAUAUGGUGGAGAAUUUUAGAAAGCGUUUUGAUGAGGAGUUGCAGCAGAUAUCUAUCGUUCACAGUGUCGGAACAAGAAAAUCGAAACAGUAUGCUCCUCGCGAAGCAGCCAUACAGAUUACAAAAGAAAUGGAAAACAACGAAUUCGAAAGCGUUGGUAUAGAAGUUCCAGACUUCCUAAACAAGGCAAAUCUUCUAGCCUUCAGAAACUGGAACGGUGAGAUGAAAUAUGUGCAGAAUUUCAAAUUGAGGAAAAUUAGCACAAAUGACAGACAAAAGAUGGAGGCCACAGAAAAUGGUGUCACAAAAAUCGAUUCAUGAACAACCCUAAACUACACAGUAGUGGAUUUGUAAUGACCUGCUGAUUUAAAACAAUGUGUCCGAUUACCGCGCCAGUUAAUAUUUAAGGUGUGCGUACAGUUUUUGAAGUUCACUUAAUGUCAUUUCUUUUUCAUUCUUUAUACAUUUAAAUGCUUUGAUUUUACUAGUAUCUCUAUUACUAAUUUGAGAUAGAUGUUAUCCAAACCUUUCAGAUUUGUUGUAUUCUUUUCUCCAAAACAUAUUUACCAUUAAGUCUUUAAUGCAGUAUAAUAAACAAUUUGCAAAAUACCUUCCCUUGCAAUAUUUUAUGGCAAACUCACUAUGGUGACUUAAUUCACACAUUUUACUAUGGAGCAAUAUGACAAAAACCCACCAAAAAGUGUUAAUCAUGUUAGCUGGUUUGACAACUGUUGAGAUCCUAGAAUAGAGGGAAAGUAUAAAAUGUGAAGGCCUCAUUUCCUAUCAGAUUAUAACCAAAAUGUUUGUUGAGACUUGUAAUAUACAAAAAUGCGUGUGAUAUUCAUGUGAUGCUUAGGGUCAUUACAACUGGGUUGUACUUUAGUAAUAUGAAACCAACCCUUCUUUCAACCAGAUUGAUCAGUUUUGAGUGGGUCAGAUGUUAGAAGCAAAGAGCAUAUAUCCUUGCAUUAAUGUGUAUUUGUAACGAAUCAACUGCUGUAAUAUUUUUCUUUGGGACAGUUUUAUGACUUUUAAAGGCUAACCUCAUGUUCAUACAUUUAAGGUUUCCCAACAGAUGGCUUGAAAGAUUACAUAGAGUGCGCAUGUAUAAGAGUGAAAAUGAAUGUUACCAGCAUGCAUAUCCACACAUUUAUCUAGUUACUUCACUUUUCACUACAGUAUUAAAAAUGGAUUUUAUUUUGGAAUCAGAAUUUCAGCAUUGAGCUAACAACAAGAAUAUGAAAGCACCUUUAAGUUUCACCUGUUUCCCAGACAAAAUGGUCAUGUCUUUAUUUAACUGGCUUGCUUCAGUCUAUUAGUAUAUUAUGCUGAUCCUUUGAGAAAAUGAUACAGAUCUGUAUCUGAUUUACUUUCAUCCUCCAGACAGGUUGCUUUUUUUUUUGUUUGCUUAGUUCACAUUGUCUGGUCAGUGAAAGAAUGUGUAUUGUAGCUUACGUUUAUUAGAAAAAUAUUGUGAAUGUCUUGGUGAUGGAUAAUGUGCCACAGUAUUGCUAGAAAGUAAUUUUAUGCUAUAAAAAAUAGCAGGUAAGAAAAUUGGUGUUUUACCUCUAACAUCUAAUUUGGUUUUGCUGAAUAUAAUAGCUUUCUGUUGAAGAUGCUGGCAUUAUGAAAGGGGGAAUAAAAUUUCCUGGACAAAAUGUAAAGUGACAAACUGCUUGCUGUCAGUGUGCACCACGCUGCAGGUGAUGCUCAGGACAUUUGCCGAGGCAGUAAAAUAUUACUGGGUGUUUGCUACCAUAACUUUACUGGUGUAAAUAAAACCUUUAACAUAUUGAGGCAAUGCAAAAAUAAAGAUUUUCUCUGCCAUCUCAAACA